UCCCGCUCUCCGUCUCCUCAAUAUAUCUGCACUGCGUAGAGGAAAGAUUACAUUUUGAAAGAAAACACGGUUUAGUCUGCGCUCUUUCUUCGGGCUGACAACAGUUAGUAGACUCAAGACAAUCAUAUCUUACCAAUUCAACUCAAAAGUGACAUUUGUAGUAAAAAGUAUUAAACCACGAUGUAAGAACAAUUGCCGACCAUUGCAAUGGCUUUAGAACAGAUUUAAAAUUAAGCCGAAAAUUCUCGUGCUUUAAGGCAAAGUCACAGAAAAGUUAUCGAGAGUUUCACACAGUGCCAAGACUUUUCAUGUCGAGUGUGGUCAAAGUUUUUCUGUCAAGAGACAUUUCAGAAAUUAUAAGAGGUUUUAAGGCGAUUUAAAAUUUAGAAAGUUCAUAAUUUUUUAAACAGAAGCGCUGUCAAGAUCUACAUCAAUAUCAGGACAUAUCAAAUACAAAAGCCAAGAAAUCAAUCAAAGUUAAGAUAAAACGAAUCUGGAUGCAUAAACCUAAAUCUUGGAACUAGAGAAAAAUCUGCUAAAACCUGAUGAGAAGAGAGAGUUGUCAGAUACUUAGAAGAGACGAUAAUUAAACCUCGUCAAUUGUUCAUAAAUCUAGGUUGAGGAUGAGGAUAACAAGAGGAUCUCCUGUUGUUGAGACCUCUACCGGUUGGAUCAAGGGUCGGAGAACAAAAACUGACCUUGGGAGGAAGAUAUUCUCCUUUACUGGGAUCCCUUAUGCCAAGGCCCCGAUUGGACCUCUCCGGUUCCGACGUUCCUCCCCCUGUGAUCCUUGGUACGGAUGCCUGGAUACUACCGGAGUAUCCGAACCCUGUAUCCAACCCAACAUGUUCUUCCCCACCUCUAGGUUCAGGAUGGGAUCAGAGGAUUGUUUAUAUCUCAAUGUUUACACCCCAACCCUGUCCCAAGCUGGACCUGGAGAAAAUGAAAACCUGAAACCUGUUCUUAUCUUCAUCCAUGGCGGAGCUUUCGCGGUUGGAUCAAAUGAUAGUCGUCUGUAUGGUCCUGAGAUCUUACUGGAUCAGGAUCUGGUUUUGGUUUGUAUGAACUACAGGUUGGGAACACUGGGUUUCCUCUCCUUAGAGACAGAACGUUCGCCGGGAAACCUUGGUCUUCAUGACCAGUAUCUGUCUCUGCUCUGGGUACAGCAGAACAUACAGAAGUUUGGGGGGAACCCCGAUAAUGUUACUCUCAUGGGAGAAAGCGCAGGAGCUAUGUCUGCACUUCUCCACGCUGUCUCUCCCUUCUCUUCCGGACUCUUCCAUCGAGUUAUUGCACUCUCUGGGACUCCGUCUACUGUAUUUCUUCGACCUAAUCGGAGACCUGUUCAAUAUGCUUUGGCAUUGGCGGAGAGGUUAGGAUGUCAAGAUAAAGACCCAGACCGGAUACUUGAUUACCUUCAAACUGUCAGUGUUGAUAGAAUAAUGAAACACUGUACUAUGUUUAUGGAUUGGGAUUACCCAAUACCGAUGCCAUGGAUCCCAACUGUAGAUUCAUUUUGUUCCCAACCUUUCCUUCCUCAGGAUUUUACUGAAGCUGUAAAAUCAGGAUUAGGAACUCCUGUUCCGGUUCUCUACUGCUUCUGUAAAGAUGAAGGAUUGCUCCUUACUUCUCCGUUCCAUAAGGAACCCGAGAGGAUUGAGAUCCUUAGAAAGGAUUGGGAUUCCUGGGCUCCCUUACUCUUUCUCAACAAGGAGCGAGAGAUCCAUACCCCUGAGGAUUUAACCACUGUGAGAAGGAUCAAACAAUACUAUUUUGGAAAUUCUGAACUCGACUCAAGUAAUGAAAGUUUCGAGAAACUAAAAGACAUUCACAGUAUGUCAUAUUUUGUUCAACCCUUGCUCCAGGAUGCAGCUCUACUAGCUAAGCACAAUUGGCCGCUCUCAAUCAUGAGACUCUCAGUCCCACCAGCCUUCUCUAUCAUUCAUAUUCUUCGGAACCCUUUCCUUGAAGUGGUUCUUAAACUCUCCGGGAAGGCGGUAGGACUGGGGUAUUUUAAGAAAAGCUACGGAGUAUGUCACGGAGACGAUUUGGCAUUUAUCUUUCCAUUCAAGGUUCCAGGCUUUCCGGAGUUUGUGAAAACCAAAGAUCAAAAGUUUGCACGGAAAACUCUUAUCUCCGUACUUGUAAACUUCUCAGAAUCUCGAUCUCCAUUCUUUGGUUUCUCCGAGGAGCUUGUGGGUUCUCCAGAUGGGUUUGUAAACAUUGAACCGGGAGAGGUUCUCAACUAUGUUAAAGUUAACGAGAGUGAAAUAUCGGAGCAGGUUCGAUUCUGGGAACAGAUCUCUCAGGUUGAUCGUAGGGUCAGCUCGAGAAAACCGUUCGCUAAAUUUUAUUCCCAAACUCCACCAUAUCGUAAAUAACUGAUGUAAUCACAAUUACGACUUGCAUUCUGUGUACAGAUGUUAAUUGAUUUUGAAUAUUAUGUAUUUUACGUAUUAUGUUCUAUAUUAUGUACGGACAACUUGUUAUGAUUUAAAUAUAGAAAUUGUUAUAUUUUUA